UCUCCCGAGGCGUUCCAAUCGCUGCACGACGGCCACAAUCCAUCCGGCGGGCACGAAGAAGCCGAGCCUUUCGAAUCGCUGCUGGACGGAUUUUGGGACAAGAAUCGAUCCACGCUCGAAGGCAUCGUGAGCGAUCCUCCGAUAUUCUACCAGAAGUAUCCCAAUGUGGACGUGGAAGUGGCGUCCUUUAGCACUCCGGCCAAGGCGGUGCCCAGCCUUCUCCAUCACAGGCUCGAGGAUUCGAGAAACGAUGGGACGCUGGCCACCGAGAUCGUUACUCGACUCCGAGAGGCCGCUACAAAUCACUGCGUUUUCCUCGUCGGUGGAAAGGGGUGUGGAAAAACGAGAACUCUCUACGAAGUCCUGGCACAGAACUUUGGAUUCUACUUCGUGGCCUCGCGGGUGGAGAACGGUGAAUCGAAGGACUUCGCAGCGGUUGUAGAGACGCUCAAGCUUUGCUACCCGAGUCACAACAAGGCCACGGAGUUUAUCCCGCGACGAGUUGGCAUGGACGCGGCACUGUGUGCUUUGGUCGCGAGGCUGGCCAUCUUUUCGAAGGCUCUGGAGAUCAAGCCGGGGAUGUCGCCGCUGGAGUGGCUGAUUUGCCAGACCGAGUGCCGGCCUCGAGACGUGUUUCGGGAGUUGACGCUGUUCGUGAUCAAGCAAGAGUUGCCGAGCGCGUACCUGGAAGAGAAGUUCUCGGCUCUCGUCGAAGAAGUUUACGAGAGGAUCGAUGGUGGUCUAGCAGGCAGCAGCGGGAAGCUGCUGUUUGUGGUGGAUGAGGCACUGCCGCCGCUCAGGAACAGGUUUAGAUCCGACAUCCACCCGGCGAAGCUCAAGAGUUUGCUCUCGCAGGCCGUCAAGGCGUUUAGAACGCAGAAGAAGGUUCCAACAGCGUGUAUUCUAGCUGGAACGGGGGGAGAACUUCUCGCGGAGGCUCAGGAUAUGGAAUCGCCGGUUUGCAGCGGGGAGUCCGAGCAGCUCACGCAGGAAAUAGUGGCUACUAGCCGAACUUUUGAAGAUUCCAGCAGCUUUGGAGCCUUCUCGGACUAUGUCUCCAGCUUUUUGGGGCCCGGCGACUACAAAAGGCUGUUUUCCAAGUACUACCAGGCCCGUGCUGGCACAAUCGCUAGUGCUCUGCACGCGUACAUCAGCAAGCGUACCCCGAGAGAGAAGGCUUUGGAAUUUCUGGAGGACUUCGCAUUAACACUCGCGACCAAAGGUGGCAGCCAGCUAAAUGCACCGAAUUCUGUCCACGACACAUUGAUGAUCCUGCGCUCGGACCGUUACCUGCGGAGUGUGCUCAGAGACAUUACAGAGGCGUUCUACUUGGGUGGGAAAGGCUACUGUUUCACGCACAACUCGUCAAUCAAGCUCGUCGACCUGGGGAUCGGCGUGUUAAAGCUGGGAUUUUGCGACUCCAAUCCUCUCGAGGUGGCCACGAGAGAAGCUCCUAUCAACAAGGACGUAGUCAAGUGGAACUAUGCCGUGUGUGCGGUGGUGACGGAGAGACUCGUCCAGGCGGCACUGUGCUACAUCUUUGUGCCGAAAGUGAGGGAGGAAAUUUUCCACCGGUACGAAGGCCUGACAAGCGAGAGCGAACGUGUCUCCCACUUCGAAAAGUACUGCGCUGCGUACAUCCUAGACCUGUUUAGCCGGGACGAGCCACUGGAGAAGCUGUUCGUCCAGGACAGGGAAAGAAGUGCACCACAAGGAAAUGAUGCUGCGGUGGAGCUGGAGCAGGAAACGAACGUUAAUGCUGACUCUGUUGCUGUCAAGAAAUAUUUCGCCUACGACGAAACAGGCGGCACGAAAGAGCAAAGCUUGGAGCUUGUCAAGGCCAGAGUUAAGCUCCCAGCUCCACAGGCCGGCACCCCUCUAAUGGUUCGACUUGGACAGAAUUGGACGUUUGAGAGAUGGCUUGGCCUGGGACGUGACAGGCCAACAUUCCUACAGACUAAAACCGACAACCAGUUUGGACCCGACUUCAUAACAAUCCUGGAAAUGCCCAAGCUCAAGAAGGAGAUCCUUCUCAACAUACAAGUGCGGCAGGGAAUGGCUGCGGACCGUUUGGAUUCUCGGGAGUUCUUCGCGCACAACAAGCAGCGCCAGGUUCUCGAGAGGAACAGGGAAAACUCGAGCUUGCUGUCCAAGUGCUGGAGUUCCGGCUGGGUGGAACUUCGCUUAUCUCCUUGCAAGAGGAUACAGCACGACGACAGGCCUUUCCCGACGGACAAGCCUUGCAUCCGCGCCUACAUUGACAAGACCAACCUCUACAAGAUCUUUCCAAAGCUCCUUCAGCAUCUCCGGCGAAAGUUAUAGCAGGAAAAAACAAG